GGGGGCGUGUCGGGGGCCGCCGAUAACAGCGGGCGCCGUGCCGGGGCCGCGGGACCAGACGGCGCAGGGAGUGGGACGAGCCAAGGACCCCCAUCCUGGGCAGCAGAAUGGGGUCCAGCAGCCUCCUGAGACUCCUCUGCAUCGUCUCGGUGCUGGCCAGGUGCCCGCACCCUGCCACGGCCCAGUGGUUUUCCCUGGGCUCAGAGGAGACCACCCCGGAUCCAGGCACCAGCCCCGUGCCCCCCAGCCUGGGUGGGGAGGAAGACACAGACACCAGUGUGGAGCCCGUGGGGAAGGUGCUGCUGAGCAAACCUCCUCUGGCAACAGCCCCUAAACGCCGGGACCAACUCUCCAGGGGGGCAGCGAAGGGGUCAGGCCGUGCUCCGCCACGCACACGAGGCCAGCACCGACCCACGGCCGCCCCGGAGGUCUUGGAGGGGAGCGCAGUGGAGGAGGAGUUCCUGCAGAUCCAGACCACGGCCAAGGGUCUGCCCCGGCGGGUCCCGUCGUUCCCGGAGACGGACCCUGCCCUCCAGGCGCGCAACAUCUCCGGCUGUGUCUGCCCCGUGCGCCCCGGCCCCCCCGGCCCCCCCGGCCCAAAGGGAGAGAAAGGUGACCGAGGGUUCCCUGGAGAGAGAGGCCAGCCCGGAUUCUUAGGGGAGAGAGGGAAGUCGGGCAGCCCAGGACAGCCAGGUCACCAGGGUCCCCGGGGCCCUCCGGGUCCUCCGGGACCACCGGGGCCCCCGGGACCCCCGGGAGCCUGGGGAGCCCGGGGCUCACCCGCGUCUGCUGCACUCGCUGAGAGAUCAGAGCACGAGAUGGGAGUCUCCAGCCCUGUGGGAAACCCAGGACCCCCGGGUCCCCCCGGGCUGCCCGGCAUGCCCGGACCCCCCGGCUACCCAGGCCAUGAUGGCCCCCAGGGGGCCCCUGGGCGGGAGGGAAAGCCAGGACCCCCAGGCCCUCCAGGAGCCGUGGGGCCACCUGGUUUCCCUGGGGCUGAAGGACUUCCAGGGUCUCCAGGCUCAGCUGGACCAGAUGGACCCCCAGGGGCACCCGGACUCCCAGGGCCUCAGGGUCCCCCCGGGGUGCCUGGGCAUGAAGGACCCCCUGGUCCCCCAGGAGCUGCAUCACACCCUGGCAAACCAGGGCUCCGAGGGGAGCCAGGAUUCCCAGGACCAAAGGGUGACAAGGGCGAGUAUGGGCUGCCAGGCAUGCCAGGGAGCCCUGGCCGGACCGGAGAGCCAGGGUCCCCUGGCAUGCCCGGUCCCAUGGGGCCACCAGGACCACCAGGGGACUACAGGUGUGACUCACGCCACGCUGGACACCGAGGGUUGGCCGGGCUGGCGGGCCCCAAGGGAGAAAAGGGCGACCCUGGAGAGCCGGGGUGCUGCUAUGGGGAGCACGGGUGCAAAGCAGGGCACCUCCCCUUCCCCAGCACUGGCAGCCAGCCCAGCUCCUGGGGGUCCAUCAGCAGGUACCAGACGGAUGGCAAAGAGGAACCAGAGAUUUAUGGAGCCAUCAUCCCCCAUGGUCUUCGAGGUCCCCCCGGGAACCCCGGCCCCCCUGGGCCCCCCGGCCCCCCUGGCCCACCAGGUCUCCUCUACCUCAAUAGGGUGCACCCCGUGCAUGCCCAGCCGCCCUGCAAGCAGCCGGCAUCCACAGACCGCAGCUGGCCGUCAGAUGCUGGUGUCCCUCAGGCAGAGCCAUCGGACUCCCGCGCUGAUCUCCGGCGCCAGACGUGGGUUUUCAAGUCCAAGGAGCUGAUGGUGAAGGCGAGCAGUGCUGUGCCCGAGGGGAGCCUGGUCUAUGUGAGGGAGGGGAGCAACGCCUUCCUCCGGACCCCCGCUGGCUGGAGCCGCCUCCUGCUGGAGGAUUCAAAGUCGUUCUUGGCUGGUGAUGACCCCUCUGCCUCCACCCCACAGUACCAGGAGGUGAAGAGGGUUCAGCCAAGAGGUUCCAACACGCUGUCACCCGUGCAGGCUCCAGCAGACCCACUGAUCCAGAAGGAGGAGGAACAACGGCUGCCCCAGAUUCUGCCAACCACCACGGCCCCACGGAUCCCAUCUCUCCGCCUGGCUGCCCUCAACGUGCCGCUGUGGGGUGACACGAGCGGGAUCCGCGGCGCCGACCUGCAGUGCUACCGGCAGGCACAGGAGGCCGGGCUCUACGGAACCUUCCGGGCCUUCCUGUCGGCCCCCAGCCAGCAGCUGGCGUCCAUCGUCAAGAGGACAGACAGGACCCUCCCCAUCGUCAACCUGAAGGGGCAGCUGCUGGCCAAGUCCUGGAGCUCCCUCUUUGGGGGUGCUGCCCUGCGGGGCCCCAUCUACUCCUUCAACGGGCGCAGCGUGCUGGCAGAUCCCCUCUGGCCACACCGGCUGGCCUGGCACGGCUCCACGCCGCGGGGCGGCCAUGCCCGCCGCUGGGACUGCCAGGGCUGGCACAGCAGCUCCGGCACGGCCCAGGGCAUGGCCAGCGCCCUGGGCGAGGGCAGGCUGCUGGCCGGGCAGCGCCACAACUGCUCCGCGCCGCUGGCCGUGCUCUGCGUGGAGGUGGCUUUUCCCUACCGCCACAUGUGGUGACAGCAGCAUUCCGGGGGGAACGUCCCCCGGAGCACUGAGGGGACAGCGGGCCCACAGCCGUGCCAGCCCAUUGCCCCUGUGCCACGGGGCAACGCUGGGCUGUGCCUGCAGCCCCCGCUGGAGGCAACACGGCCGCCACACAGAA